UGUUAGAAAUUGUACAAAAAGAUGUUUUUGAUGUAGAUCUGUUUUGUAAUACUUUAAUAUAUCUAACAGACCCUUUGAAAUCUGAAGCCCCUAUCUUGUAUCAACCACAUACUGUUCUACCUUCAUGUUGAAUUAAUUGACGCGUAAACUGAUAGAAAGUUUUUAAGACUGCAUUUGACAAAGAUUUCUAGCCUUAAUGGAGCGCUUGGGGUUUGUGAAAUGAUAAACUUUCUUCUUGGGGCAAGGAGUCAGGACUGCUGUUGUGUUGUCAGUUGCACAGAGUUGAUCUGCUGGUUUUGAAGCAGAUUUCAAUAAUGAUUCUUUCUGCUCUUCUAACUUCAGUUGGAAUUAACCUUGGGCUAUGUUUUAUAUUUUUCACCCUCUACUCUAUAUUGAGAAAACAACCUUGUAAUCUUAUCGUCUAUGCUCCACGCUUAGUUUCUGAAAGAAAACGUGAAGAGGGUGGUCAAUCUAACUUGGAACGUUUAUUAGCUUCUACUGAUUGGGUGAGAAAUGCCUGGGAGACCUCUGAAGAAGAAUUUUUAUCAACUGCAGGCUUAAACGCUUUUGUCUUUAUGCGCAUAUUUGUCUUCAGUUUUAAAAUAUUUACUUUUGGUGGAAUUGUGGGGCUACUCAUUCUUCUGCCAAUUAAUUGUAUGGGGAGUCAGCUUCGUGAUAACUCUGAUUUUCAAAACAAGUCUUUGGAUUCCUUCAGCAUUUCUAAUGUUAACAAUGGUUCAAACAGGUUAUGGAUCCACUUUUGUGCCGCAUAUGUCUUCACUGGAGUUGUCUGCAUUCUUCUCUAUUAUGAGUAUGAGUAUAUUUCAUCAAAAAGAAUUGCUUGUUUCUAUUCAUCCAAGCAUGAGCCUCAUCACUUUACUAUAUUAGUAAGAGGUAUUCCUGUUCCAGUUGGAAGCAAUUGCACCGAUAUUGUUGAGCAGUUCUUCCAGGAAUAUCAUCCUUCUACUUAUCAUUCACAUGAGGUUGUUCGUAGAAGCAGUAAACUUCAAAUUCUAAUUACAGAUGCAGAGAGACUGUACAAAAGGCUUACCCACCUGAAGAAUAAAGACAACACUCCUCAACGGCAAAGGCGUGAUGGAUGUUUGGGACUUUUUGGCCAUAAAGUUGAUAUGUUAGAUCAUUAUGAAAAGACAUUAGGAGACAUUGCGGAUAAUGUGAGAAUAGAACAGUGUUCGUUGGCAGGAAAGGAAGUUCCAGCUGCCUUUGUCACAUUUAAGUCACGAUUUGGUGCUGCAAUAGCUCUAAACAUUCAAGAAAGUGUCAACCCCACACACUGGAUUACUGAGCAAGCUCCAGAGCCUCAAGAUGUUUAUUGGCCUUUCUUUACCGUUUCAUUCCUCAAAAGAUGGAUCGGCAAGGUGGUAGUUUUUGUUGCCUGUACUUCUAUUACUUUUCUCUUUUUGAUCCCAGUUGCAAUAGUACAAGGUCUUACCCAUCUUGAUCAGUUGGAAACCAUGUUCCCUGCUCUGAAAAACAUAUUGAGAAUGGCAGUUGUCAGCCAAGUUAUAACAGGAUACCUUCCCAUUCUGAUUCUUCAGAUGUUUCUGUCUGUUGUGCCACCUAUUAUGAUUAUGCUUUCAUCUUUGCAAGGAUACAUAUCAUGGAGUCAAAUACAAAAAAGUGCAUGCACUAAAGUAUUAUGGUUUACUAUAUGGAACAUUUUCUUUGCAAAUGUAUUAUCAGGGUCAGCUUUCUAUCGAUUGACGGUUUUUCUUGAGCCCAAAGAGUUUCCCAGAGUACUAGCUGAAGCUGUACCAGCACAGGCCUCAUUCUUCAUAGCAUAUGUUGUGACAUUCGGAUGGACUAACAUAGCAUCAGAACUCUUUCAAUUGAUUCCACUUCUUUACAACUAUAUUAAAGUAAUUUUUUAUGGAGAUGGCGACACAGAUGAUUUUGAGGCACCAUCAAUUCCUUACCACAGUGAAAUUCCCAGGAUUCUUUUCUUUGAUCUUCUUGGUGUUACAUAUUUCAUCCUUGCUCCUCUAAUACUUCCAUUUCUCUUAGUCUACUUUUGUUUGGGAUACAUCAUUUAUCGCAACCAGCUCUUAAAUGUUUAUGUGGCAAAGUACCAUACUGGAGGAGAGUUUUGGCCUACAGUGCACAACUACACAAUUUUUUCAUUGAUACUGAUGCAUAUUAUAGUAAUUGGGAUAUUUGGGCAGAAGCAGCUUCCACUUGCAUCUGCUUUAAUUCUGCCUCUUCCUAUUUUUACUCUUCUAUUCAAUGAGUAUUGCCGGAAACGCUUCUUGCCUAUUUUCAAGUCUUAUCCUAUGGAAUGUUUGAUCAAGAAGGACAGAGAAGAUCAAAAUGACCCUAACAUGUCUGAAUUUUAUGAUAAGUUGGCCAGUGCAUAUAAUGAUCCAGCUUUGAUGCCAAUCAAAUAUUCAGGAAGGUGUUGUAAUAGCCCCUGGCUUCCUCUACUUAACUCAAAAGUUUAAGUUCAUAAUUAGCUUCUUAUGGCUUCACUUGUAAGUAACAUUGUAGAGUUUAACAGAUUGUUUGUUAUGCUAAGACAAUGUACCUUCAUCUUCU